AUGAAGUUAAUCCAGUCUUUACUGGUGUAUGACGUGCAACAAGAAUCUUGGAAGAAGUUUCCACCAUUCUUUGCAUUUCCUACCUUUGACAUAUAUGCACCCACACUUGAUGAACUUAUACAUAAAAUACAGGAGGUUUCUGCUGAUAAGGUAGUAAAGUUGUUUGAUUUUGCUAAUAUCAUAGUAUAUGGACGUCCAUUAUGGAAGGCAUUAUUUGAUGCAGGUAUUCCAGGAAGGGAAAUAGAAAGGUUUGCACAAGAUAAACUUUUUACAGGAAAUUACCAUGCAUAUUCAUAUCACAAACUUUCAUUUGAAGAGGUUCUAUCACUUGUAGCAUUCAAAAUUUCAAUCAAUCUACAUACAAUUGAUCAACAUACUGCAACAAACAUGGUUGCCAAGAAUAUGGGUAUUUGUGUACAUGUGAGUGAUGAUCAAUCCAGACUUGGAGUAAUGUGCCUCUCUGAACCAAUCUUAGCAAAUGCAGUAACAGAAAUUCUUUUAAAAGAUUCAUUUCUAGAAAACACACUUGAUAUAUUGGAUAAUGCAAUGAAAAAGGGAAUGUUUGAUGGGAGUGUGUGUGGUGAACUUGUUGCACGAUUUUUACUGACAUUGGCAAAGGAUGUGUUCUUGAAUUCUGAUAUGGAAGCUGCAAAGAUUACUACUACAAGCCCUUAUUGUUGUCCAGUAACAGUUCAUGACUAUUUUAUUUCAAUGAUAGGGGAAACAAAUUGGAAUAGGAUAUUUGGUAAAGAAUCAACAAAGCCUAUGCCACCUGAGAUUGCUAAUGGAUGGAUUUCAAUGACUCAUUUCAUGUCAGUUGAGUCUGAAUUUAAAACACCAAAUGAAUUGUUGAAAUUUUGGUAUCGUUGUGCAGCAAUCAUUCCAAGAUGUAUUCAACCAAAUGUUGACUUGGUGAUCCCAAUUUUACCAACAUCAUUCUGGAAAAAUGGCAAGAUGUCAUAUAUUUUAAUACAGGUAAAAAAUUAUCAAAGUGAUACUAGGGACAAAUUUUGGCCUGCUUCAGCCACAAGUAAGCUUAAAGAUUGGCUAUUUUUCAAAAAUCACAAUGAAAGCAGUCUCUUGAACUAUCCUCCUUAUAUAACAUUGUUUAUGGAUCUUGGUAAGCCAAAUGCAAACAUUUUCCAACCUUGUUAUGGCAAAUCCACUUGUUCACAAAGCAAUACUGUGCCACACCGCCAAUAUUAUGCUGUAAUUGAUGGGCUUGAUGUGAAAGUUUAUCCCUUCUUACAUAUACUAGGUAACAAGGUAAUUGACUCCCUGCAAAGUUUACGAAAAUCUCACAUGCCAUUAUUGGAACAAAUUGAUAUAACAUUACAUCCUGCAAAGGAAUAUAAUAUAGCUUAUGUGAAGAGACUUUUAAUCUCAACAGGAAUUUUAUUGAAUGAAUAA